AUGGUCUGUAUUCGCCAAGCCAAUGUGCACGAUUUGCUUCAAAUGCAAACUACCAAUCUUUGGUGUUUGCCAGAAAACUACGCCAUGAAGUACUAUUUUUAUCACCUUUUGAGCUGGCCUCAAUUGUUAUGGGUGGCCGAAGACUUUGAUGGAAAAAUUGUGGGAUACGUCUUGGCCAAGAUGGAAGAAGACGAGACUCUACCAAAACAUGGCCAUAUUACGUCACUGAGUGUACUAAGGACGCAUCGUAAACGUGGAAUUGCCACCGCAUUGAUGAGACGGUCCCAACAAGAAAUGCACAAGGUCUUUGAAGCCGAAUAUGUUAGUUUGCACGUUCGCAAGUCCAACCGUGCUGCCUUUCAUUUGUAUUCCGUGACCUUGCAGUAUGUGGUCAAUGAUGUGGAAAAGGGAUACUAUGCGGAUGGAGAAGAUGCCUAUGACAUGAGAUGUUACUUUGGCGACAAGGCGAAUCUGAAUAAGCCUGAUGAAGCACCAGUGGAGGCCAUGAAACAGUUGAGUGUGGAGGCUAGUAGUAGUUAG